AUGGAUUUAGAUUUCACAAACCCUCCACUGUUCAGUGUUGGCUGGGAGCUUGCAACUUUCUUUGCUACCUGUGGGAUCCUGCCCAAGGCUUGGGAGGCAAUACGUAGUAUUUCCAACAAUAAAGAAGACAUUUUUCUUCUGAAAAAAGAUGAAGAUGUAGUAUAUGUGAUUUUCCCUUCGUUUCAUGAAGAAGAUUUUAUUGCCCCAGAUAUCAAAUAUGCAGAGUGCAAUACCCAGAUUCAGAAAAUCUUCUCUGCGGGCCCAAAGGGUGAUGAUGCUAAACCGGCCCUCGUUCACAAGGGAGCUCUUUACCGACUCCGGAAUAUUCUGAAGAAUUCAAAUUUCGAGGCCAAGAUACAAGGUUUAAAGGAACAAGACAUUAUAUUUGUGGGCCAUUCCAUAGGAGGUGCAGUUGUAGCCCUGGCCACUCUCUGGUUUCUAGAAAAGCGGUUGAGAAACUCCAAUGCAUUUUGCAUUACAUUUGGUGCUCCUUUGAUUGGAAAUACCACAAUUCGUGAGGCAAUUGGGCGUGAGGAUUGGCUGGGCAGAUUUUGUCAUGUUGUCUGCAAGUAUGAUAUUGUUCCCAGGAUGUACCUUGCACCAUAUGAAUCAAUUGCCAAGCCUUUGGAUGCAAUUUUACCUCACUGGCAGAGCAAAAUGGAUAUUGACUAUGUUGCUGUAUCACAUCUUUCUAUUUCGGAAUCUUGCACGACUCUCCUUAACAAUGUCAUGAAGUGCACAUCUACAAUAGCAAACAAUUGCCCUUGUGUUAGAAGCCCGUAUGUGCCCAUCGGUACUUAUAUGUUCUGUUCAACCCAUGGUGCAGCUUGUUUUGACGACUCUGAAGCUGUCCUUAAGUUGCUGCAUUUCACUAUGCAAAGCCAAGAUGGAAUACCAUUCGAUAAAAUUGCACGCACCUGUAUUUCAGAGCACACGGAUUAUGGCCAUAUGUUAGAAGAUAUAGAUGAAGCCUCGCUAAAUGCAAGACAGUUUGCAAACAUUGUCUCAAACUCCUCCUUCGAGAUGGGAAUAGCCUUGGAAUUGGAAGCAAUCGGUGUUGGAGCUCAGGUAAUCUCAUUAACUGUGCUUUUUACUUCUGUAUGUACCAUAGUUGCAUGA